UUCAAUAAGGUAAGUCGAUUUCAUCCAGUCCAAAAACAUUUUCGUUACUCAAUAACAGUCUGAUUAUGGGCAUCAAAAAUACAUAUUCGCUUCUUCAAAGUAAUAGUACUCAGGUUCUUGAACUUUCACAAUAAUUAUCAUUGUACUUAGAACAGUCUUUUUGUACCAAGUAUCACACAUCUGAAGAAGAAGCUCACCUACCGGCAUAUAAAUAUGACACUUGUCCAAAAGAUCUGUAUAUUACUUUCCAAAUGUUGAGAACCAUCGAACGAAAACAUAUGCAAAUAUCAAAAUGAAACUGAUCAUCGCCUUUGCUGUUCUCAUUGUCUCUAUCAGCGCUGCUUCUGAUCAGGAGUUAUGGGCUGAUUUCAAGAAAACUCACGGAAAAACCUACAAGAGCCUGAAAGAAGAAAAACUUCGCUACAACAUCUUCCAAGACACCGUUCGUCAAAUCGCUGAACACAAUGUCAAAUACGAAAAUGGCGAGUCCACCUACUACCUAGCCAUCAACAAAUUCUCCGACAUCACAGAUGAAGAGUUCAGAGCGAUGAUGAUGGAAAACGUGGCAUCGAGGCCUAGUUUGGAGGGUGUGGAACAAGCCAAUUUGACAGUCGGAGCUGCCCCUGAAUCCAUCGACUGGAGGUCAAAGGGAGCUGUUCUUCCUGUUAGAGCUCAAGGACAUUGUGGAGGUUGCUGGGCAUUCAGUGCCGUAGCCUCCGUCGAAGGCCAAGCAGCAAUCAAAAGUGGUUCUCAGAUACCCCUGAGUGUCCAACAACUGAUCGACUGCUCAACCAGCUACGGCAACCACGGUUGUAAUGGCGGUCUCACGAUCAGUGGAUUUAAAUACAUUCAAUAUAAUGGUCUAGAGAGCGAGGCUGAUUACCCGUUUAGAGGAGUCGACACCACUUGCAAAGCUAACGGUUACGGAAGAAGCGUUGUCAAAUUGACUGGGUACAAGCAGGUCGAAGCUUCAGAGCUAAGCUUGAAAGAGGCUGUUGGUACUAUUGGACCGAUCUCGAUUACUGUCUACGCUACGCUGUGGAAAUCAUACGGUGGUGGAAUUUUCAACAAUGAGUUGUGCUUGGGCGAUACCCUCAACCAUGGUGUGACUGCUGUAGGUUAUGGAGUGGAAAACGGAGAAAAAUUCUGGACCAUCAAGAACUCCUGGGGAGCUGAAUGGGGAGAAUCCGGUUAUAUCCGACUCAUCCGUGACACGAAUCACAGCUGUGGUGUAGAGCAGAUGGCCAGCUAUCCCAUUGUUGCAUAA